AUGUGGCUGCUGCUGAUGCUGCUCCCGGCGGUGCGUGGCUUUGGGAAUCCAGCGUGCACGCGCGCCGCUCUCGACCUGAACCUGGUGCUGGAGGCGAACCGCGAGACGGGCACCGUGACCCUGGAGGCCAUGAAGACAUUCGCGGGAGCCGCGCUCGAGUGGCUCGCCCCCGCGGGGAACCUGUCCCGCGUGGGGCUGUGGCGCUUCGACCGCGACGCGCAGCCCCUGCUGCGGCUGGGGGACGCCGCCUCCGCCGCCAGCGCGGGCUACGUGCUGGGCCUCGUGGAGGUGGCGCGGGGCGGCCGCAACACGGGCGGCGCCCUCGACUUCAUCCUGCAGGCCGGGUUUCCUCCCGGGCCGGACGACGGGGUCCAUCGCACCAAGGUGCUGAUGCUGAUGACGACCGGACCCGCGGACGACCGCGUGAGCGGAUUCUCCGAGCUGGCGAGCCAGGCCCAGGUGCUCAUCGUCACCGUGGGCAUCGGGCCCCUUGUGGACGAGGAGGAGCUGCAGGCCCUCGCCUCGCUCCCCACGUUCGCGCACCUCUACCCACUCCAGAUCAGCGCGCAAGACGCCCACGCGGUCAUGGGCGGCAUCUGCAGCGGCACGGGCGUGAUGGGCAACUUCCUCUUGAGCCACCAGACGAGCGACAUCAACUUCGGUGGCGCAGACAACGGCACAGAGUCCCAGACGCCGCCGCCGGCGCCGCCGCCGCCGCCCAUGCACCGUGACGGCACGUGCAGCGCGUGGGGCCUGGGCCACGUGCGCACCUUCGACGGCUUUUUGCUGAGCGCGGCGGGCGCGUGCCCCUACGUGGCGGCGCGCGAGUGCGGGGACGGCGCCUCCAGCUUCAGCGUGGAGGUGCGGCGCAGCGCGGGGCGGAUCAGCUCCGUGAGCGCGCAGCUCGACGGCCUCGCGAUCUCCAUCUCCCGCGACGGGAACGUGACCGCGCGCGGGGAGAGGGUCCGCCUGCCGUUCAGCGACACCGGCGCGCAGGUGACGCGCGUGGGCGCCUACACGACCGUGCGCAUGCGCAACGUGAUGGAGCUUCGUCUCAGCGUGGACCAGUCCCUCACGAUUUCCGUGGACAAGAAGUUCAAGGGGCGCAUGUGUGGCCUGUGCGGGGACUACAACCAGGAUCCCGUGAACUCCGAGUUCAAGGACGACAUGCGCACGGUCGCGGACUUCGUGAAGGCGCAGAAGCUCGCGGACGGCAGUGCGGUUUGCACCGAGGAGACGGCGCCUCCGGGACCCCCCGCGCUCAACUGCUCCAGACACGUGGACACCUGCCGUGCGUUCACGCAGCUCCCCGCCUUCUCCGGGUGCGAGGGCGUUGGGGUGGACGUGCACGCGCUCGUGGUCGCGUGCACGCGGGACGUGUGCGCGUGCGUGGAGACGUGGGGGCUGCCCCCCACGGAGUGCGCCUGCGACUCCCUGGCGGAGCUCUCGCGGCAGUGCGCGCUCGCGGGGGGCCGCCCGGGGGCGUGGAGGAACUCCCAGCUGUGCCCCGUCUCGUGUCCCGACGCGAUGGAGCACUCGGAGUGCGGCACCAGCUGCCUGGACACGUGCUCCAACCCCACGGCCAGCGCCCUGUGCGAGGAUGCCUGCCUCGACGGCUGCUUCUGCCCCCCUGGCACGGUGAUGGAUGACGUGGACGAGGCGCAGGGCAGGCACUGCGUGCCGGUGGAGCAGUGCUCCUGCGUGUUCGACAGCAGGCAGUACCCACCCGGCGGGGUCCUGAGGACCCCCUGCAGUAAAUGCGAAUGUGAAGGGGGCCAGUGGAACUGCUCGAGUCUGCCGUGCCCGGGGAUGUGCAAGCUGGAGGGCGGCUCCCACUUCACCACCUUCGACCACCGCACCUACACCUUCCACGGGAACUGUCUCUACACCCUCUCCCAGGUGAGCGCGCUGCCCAGGAGACCAGUUGCGGGCAUUGCCAUCGACCAGGACUGCGCAGGACGCGAGUUCACGAUCCUCGCCGAGCUGCGCCCGUGCUCCUCCACAAGCCGCGCCACGUGCCUCACCUCCGUGUCCCUGCUGCUGACGCACGGCGGCGAGGUCAUGAAGUUUGAGUCGAAUGGCCGUGUGUUCAUGAACUCCAUGAUCCUCAACCUUCCCUUCAGCAACAAUGACAUCGAGAGUUUGAACAAAGUCUCAAACGUAAUCUUGGUGAAGGCCGUACAGACACGUGUUUCCACUGUGCGUGUUCCCGUCCUCCCCGCGUGCGCAGCCGGCCUGCAGGUGUUCCGCCAGUCGUCCAUGUUCGUGCAGGUGGCCACCCGCUCCGGCCUGCACCUCCAACUGCAGCUGCAGCCCCAGAUGCAGCUCUACAUGAGCGUGUCCGUCGCCUACAAGAACCGCACCUGUGGACUCUGCGGGAACUACAACGACGUGCUGGCGGACGAGCUGAAGACGUCAUGCGGCCUCGUGGAGGCCACCUCCACCCCCUUCGCCAACUCGUGGAAGGCGCAGACGGGCUGCCCCGACACGGCCGAGGAGCUGCAGGACCCGUGCUCCAUCAACGCGCACACCGCCCAGUACGCCGAGGAGACCUGCUCCAAGCUCAUGGACCCCCAGGGCCCUUUCGCCAAGUGCCAUGGGGUGGUGAACCCCAACCAUUUCUACAAGACGUGCCGGCACGACACGUGCGAGUGCGAGAGCCCGGGGCGCUGCGUGUGCGCCGCGCUGGGCGCGUACGCACACGAGUGCGCGGCGCGCGGACACGUGCUCAUCGGGUGGAGGGGGAAGGCGGGCGUGUGCAGUGAGUGUGCACCACGCUCACACGUGUACAACACACACACACACACACAAGUGACGCGGCAGUGCGGCGAGGGAGAGGAGUUUCAGUACGGCGCCUACGCCUGCAACAGCACGUGCACGUCGCUGUCGCAGUUCGACACCUCGUGCCUGGUGACGGACACGCCCGUGGAGGGUUGCGUGUGCGACGGCUACCGCACGCAGGAGGGCACCUGCGUGGACGGGCCCUCGCUCUGCCCCUGCUACAUCAACGGGCAGGUCAUCGCUCCGGGCAUGACCAUCACGCGCAACGGCGCGCAGUGUGUGUGCAGACAUGGCGUGAUCCAGUGCAAGUCCGACACAGUGGCUGAGUGCCUCGCCCCACGGGUGUUCGUCGACUGCCAGACUGCUGGACCCGGGGUGCAGGGGCUGGCUUGCGAGCGGACGUGCCAAAACCCCCACAUUGAAUGCUACACGCCCGGCUGCGUGUCGGGCUGCAUGUGCCCCGAGGGCACUGUGCUGGACAGCGCCGACGGGUGCGUGCGCCCUGACGAGUGCCCGUGCCAGCACAACGGCCAGAGCUACAGCCCGGGCGACAGAGUGGCCGUCGACUGCAACACGUGCACGUGUGAGGGUGCUCGCUGGAGCUGCACGGACUACGACUGCAUGGGGCUGUGCUCCUUCUACGGGGACGGACACUACACCACCUACGACGGGCGGCGCUUCCUGUUCGACGGGAAGUGCGAGUACAUCCUCUCGCAGGACUUCUGUCCAUCCAACCCUGCGGGCGGAAGCUUCCGCGUCAUCACAGAGAACAUGGCGUGUGGAACCUCGGGCGUGGCCUGCUCCAAGAGCAUCAAGCUCCUGCUCGGGGAUGUGGAGAUCCGCUUUGCCGAUGGCGAUCACAGCAUCAGCUCCGUGACGAGCGGGGCGGGCACCCACAUCCCGUACAGGAUGCGGAAGCUGGGGGGCACCCACAUCGUGGAGGCCGCCAACGGGCUGCUGCUGCAGUGGGACGGGGGCAACAGCGUGCGCCUCAUGGUCUCCUCCGACAGCCAGGUACGACGUCGCCUCUCUCGCCCACGAGGUGCAGGCACAGGCCGGCUGUGCGGGCUGUGCGGAGACAUGGACGGAGACUCCGCCAACGACUUCACGGUGCGAGGCCAGGUGGUGGUGGCGAGCCCCGUGGAGUUCGGGAACUCCUGGCAGGUCUCGUCCCUCGCGUGCGCGAAGACCACCGCCAACGCCGACCCGUGCUACAUGAACCCGUACCGCAAGGCGUGGGCCGAGCGGGAGUGCUCGCGCGUAAAGGGAGAUGCGUUCAAGGGCUGCCACGCCAAGGUCGACCCCCUGCCGUACUACGAAGCGUGCGUGCGUGACUCGUGCGGCUGCGACAUGGGCGGCGACUGCGCCUGCUUCUGCACGGCCAUGUCGGCCUACGCGCAGGCCUGCCGCGACGCCGGCGAGUGCAUCACCUGGAGGUCCCCGGUCAUCUGCCCGGCAUUCUGUGACUACUACAACGAGCCGGGCCACGAGUGCGAGUGGCACUUCGAGCCGUGCAAGAAGCCGUGCAUCCAGAGCUGCCGCUACCCAGAGCAGAACUGCUCCACCCACCUCCCCUCCAUUGAGGGUAAGGGUUACACACGCUGGGGCGAUCCAGGGCCCCGUGGCGAGGAUGAGGAGGAGCUGUUUACAGUCCCUCUCAAACAAUGAGACGGAGUUUCUUCUCCACACGCCGUGGCAAUUCCAACACGCCGUCGUUAGCAAAUCGACAGUGUUGAAGUGUCCGAGGCCACACGGUGCUGACUUCCACCCCCUGUGCCUCCUGUGUUCUCCCCGCGCCCAGGCUGC